GUUGAUCGUGUGGGCAGUCGUUCCUCCGGGGAAUGACGAAAGAAACUGUGUGGGAUUCUUGGUCACAGCAAGCAGAGGGGAGGGAGCAAUGAACGACUGCCCACCAUCCCCAAAGGAAAAAUAAAAACAGGCAAGUCGAAAAGAAAAGGGUCCCUGCAGUGAGGGGAAGAGGGAGAGAAAAAAGAAAGAAAGAAAGAGGAAGAGGAGAGGAAGCGGAAGAGGGGAGAACCAGAAGAUGAGGAGGGGAAAGGAAGGAUGGAACGGAGAGGGUCGGGGCCAGAAGGGGAGAAGGAGAGUGAAAGUGAGAGUAGACCGAGAGAGAGAGAGAGAGAGACCACUGAAUCCCCCCCCAAAGCCGGUCCCAGACAAACUGUCAGACAGCAACUAGACAGGCACUGUGACCGUGGGAGCAGCGCCGCGGGAGCAGCAGGAGGAACGCCAGCAGCAGCAGCAGCAACAACAACAGCAACAGCAACAACAGCAAGCAACAGCAACAGCAGCAGCCGUAGCAAUAACUGGAGCGCUAAGAAUAACCACCCUGCAACCGCAGUAGUUCGUUUGGGAAGACGGGAAGGGGGAAGCCCGGAGGCCCUGAUUGGGACCGGCCGGCCGCGUCGCUGACAGCAAGCCAAUCAGCGCGCUUGACGCCGGUGGGUGGGGCCAGACAGGCCCCCGUUCACACCAGAUGCAGCCAUCCAAUCAGCGGCCCCAGCAGC